GGCAUAGCUGUUUCGUAAUAUUAAUACGGCCGGCACUCCAGCCCAGACAAUGAACACAGCGAUAGCAGCCGUGAUAGAAAAUACAAGGGACAGUGCACGGAUAAGGUUGAUGAUCGUCCCUGUUCGUCGUGGACGUGAGAGUGAAGCUGGUGUAGCAGAUUUUAGACAUGGUGAUCUGGCUCCAGCAGAGUGGGGUGUAGGUGCAAAAGUUGUUGUGAUAGGGACUAAUUUCAUAUUUGUUAUGGAUUCUGUGUAGGGUAGAUUCGAAAGUAUGUGAUGAGAGGCAAUGGUUGCAAGAGAAGAUUAAAAAUAAAG